CCGGGGCCAGCGUCUGGUUUCCUUUCAUUUCCGGGCCGGUCAUGUGACUCUCUGGCCGCACCAUGGCGGAAGCAGAGGAGCAGAACAUUAAUUGGAGGGCUUGAUGAAUGAAUGAAGCCAAGAAAUAACAGACCAGGCUAAUUCCUGAAGUCACUCUCUCUUGCACCGUUUUGGUAGGAUUGUGAAGAAAAUAUAAAGUUUUGCUGAGGCCUCUGUCUGGAAGGUUCAUACUGGUGCUGAGGGAAACGGGGUCUCUCGAAGAAUCUACAGAGGAGUCUGAGGAGGAAGAGAGUGAAGAGGAGCCCAAACUGAAGUAUGAAAGGCUUUCCAAUGGGGUAACGGAAAUUCUUCAGAAAGAUGCAGCUAGCUGCAUGACAGUCCAUGACAAGUUUUUGGCACUGGGCACACAUUAUGGCAAGGUUUAUUUACUUGAUGUCCAAGGGAACAUCACUCAGAAGUUUGAUGUAAGUCCUGUGAAGAUAAAUCAGAUUAGCCUGGAUGAAAGUGGAGAACACAUGGGCAUGUGUUCAGAGGAUGGCAAGGUGCAAGUAUUUGGACUGUAUUCUGGAGAAGAAUUUCAUGAGACUUUUGACUGUCCCAUUAAAAUCAUUGCUGUACACCCACAUUUUGUGAGAUCCAGUUGCAAGCAGUUUGUGACCGGAGGGAAGAAGUUGCUGCUGUUUGAACGGUCUUGGAUGAACAGAUGGAAGUCUUCUGUUCUGCACGAAGGGGAAGGGAACAUAAGGAAUGUGAAGUGGAGAGGCCAUCUGAUCGCUUGGGCUAAUAACAUGGGUGUGAAGAUUUUUGACAUCACCUCAAAGCAGAGAAUCACCAAUGUGCCCCGGGAUGAUAUAAGUCUUCGCCCAGAUAUGUAUCCCUGCAGCCUCUGCUGGAAGGACAACGUGACACUGAUUAUUGGCUGGGGAGCUUCUGUCAAGAUAUGUUCAGUGAAGGAGCGGCAUGCCAGUGAAAUGAGGGAUUUGCCAAGUCGAUAUGUUGAAAUAGUGUCUCAGUUUGAAACUGAAUUCUACAUCAGUGGACUUGCACCUCUCUGUGAUCAGCUUGUUGUACUUUCCUACGUAAAAGAGAUUUCAGAAAAAACGGAACGAGAAUACUGUGCCAGGCCUAGACUGGACAUCAUCCAGCCACUUCCUGAGACUUGUGAAGAGAUCUCUUCUGAUGCUUUGACAGUCAGAGGCUUUCAGGAGAAUGAAUGUAGAGAUUAUCAUUUAGAAUAUUCUGAAGGGGAAUCACUCUUCUACAUCGUGAGUCCAAGAGAUGUUGUAGUGGCCAAGGAACGAGACCAAGAUGAUCACAUUGACUGGCUCCUUGAAAAGAAGAAAUAUGAAGAAGCUUUGAUGGCAGCUGAAAUUAGCCAAAGGAACAUUAAAAGACAUAAGAUUCUGGAUAUUGGCUUGGCAUAUAUAAACCACCUGGUGGAGAGAGGAGAAUAUGACAUAGCAGCACGCAAAUGCCAGAAAAUUCUCGGGAAAAAUGCAGCACUCUGGGAAUAUGAAGUUUAUAAAUUUAAAGAAAUUGGACAACUUAAGGCUAUUAGUCCUUAUUUGCCAAGAGGGGAUCCAGUUCUGAAACCACUCAUCUAUGAAAUGAUCUUACAUGAAUUUUUGGAAAGUGAUUAUGAGGGUUUUGCCACAUUGAUCCGUGAGUGGCCCGGGGAUCUGUAUAACAAUUCGGUAAUAGUUCAAGCAGUUCGGGAUCACCUGAAGAAAGACAGUCAGAACAAGACUUUACUUAAAACCCUGGCAGAACUGUACACCUAUGACAAAAACUAUGGCAAUGCUCUGGAAAUAUACUUAACACUGAGACAUAAAGAUGUUUUCCAGUUGAUUCACAAGCAUAAUCUUUUCAGUUCUAUCAAGGAUAAAAUUGUUUUAUUGAUGGAUUUUGAUUCAGAGAAAGCUGUUGACAUGCUUUUGGACAACGAAGAUAAAAUUUCAAUUAAAAAGGUAGUGGAAGAAUUAGAAGACAGACCGGAGUUGCAGCACGUGUAUUUGCAUAAGCUUUUCAAGAGAGACCAUCAUAAGGGGCAGCGCUACCAUGAAAAACAGAUCAGUCUUUACGCUGAAUAUGAUCGACCAAACUUGCUUCCCUUUCUCCGAGAUAGUACCCACUGCCCACUUGAAAAGGCCCUUGAGAUCUGUCAACAGAGAAACUUUGUAGAAGAAACAGUUUAUCUUCUGAGCCGAAUGGGUAAUAGCCGAAGUGCCCUGAAGAUGAUUAUGGAGGAAUUACAUGAUGUUGAUAAAGCAAUCGAAUUUGCCAAGGAGCAAGAUGAUGGAGAACUCUGGGAAGAUCUGAUUUUAUAUUCCAUUGACAAACCACCAUUUAUUACUGGCUUAUUAAACAACAUUGGCACGCAUGUUGACCCAAUUCUACUAAUUCAUCGUAUUAAGGAAGGAAUGGAGAUUCCCAAUUUGAGAGAUUCCUUGGUUAAAAUUCUACAGGACUACAAUUUGCAAAUUCUGCUUCGUGAAGGCUGCAAGAAGAUUCUCGUAGCUGACUCUUUGUCCUUACUGAAGAAAAUGCACCGGACUCAGAUGAAAGGUGUUCUAGUGGAUGAGGAGAAUAUCUGCGAAUCGUGCCUUUCCCCCAUUCUUCCAUCAGAUGCCGCUAAGCCCUUCAGUGUGGUGGUCUUCCAUUGCCGGCACAUGUUCCACAAGGAGUGCCUGCCCGUGCCUGGCAUGAAUUCUGCUGCACAGUUCUGCAACAUCUGCAGUGCCAAGAACCGUGGACCAGGAAGUGCAAUUUUGGAGAUGAAAAAAUAGCUCAUUUCUGCUUGUCAGAUUCUUUCUCACCGCUCUUUCUGAGACUGUUUUUGCAACAACAGAAGUGUUUGACACCACUGCUGUUAAAAGAUUUGUUCGUGUUUAUAUUACGCUGAAAAACAGUUUCCUUAUCUAUGUCUGUCUACUAGAGGUUUCUCUUUGCAGUUGAUAACGAAGUUGGGACUCUCCCCAUGCCUUGAAAUAAUUUGGGUCCAUAGUCAAUAUUUUGUCAUUUAUUUCUUUGGUUCAUUCUUUAUAUAGUAAAUGGAAAACAUAAGUCUAGAGUUAAAAAUGAAUUUUUCAGACCGUAGUAGAACCAUUCAGCGACAAAGUGGACUGCUAAGAAUCGUCCUAGCUGCCUAAGAACAUCGCCGACUGCAAUUAUCCAGCAAGCUCCUACCCACGGCUCGGGCCUUGUUUCCAUAUGCUCGGCUGGCACCCAUGCUUGCAUUCAGGAUUUGACUUGUUUUCACGUGUCAUCAACUGUGGUUAUCGUCUUAAUAGGCAUUUAAUGAAACAUUGUGCAAAUUGUCACUCAUUCAGUGACAUCUGGGAAUAACCUUAGCAGGCUGUUUUCCUGCACCUUUGUGUUUGCUGUUCACAUGUUCUGUGUGCCCUGAUGACUAGCAGAGUGUCUGGCCCUGGCAGGUACUCAGCAUUUGUUGACUGAAUAAAUGUUAGCUCUUCUCA